AUGCCGGCUUCCAUCUUUGGAGUGCUUUCGAGGCUCGGAUUGCAGGCCUUGACAACCUUUGACGGUCGGAGCAUUUUUCCUUUGGCCUACGUGCAGGCAGUAGGGUGUUUGAUCAUGGGCAUGGGAAUGAGGGUCAAGGAACCACUGGGCCAAUUUUAUGGACCGCUCUAUACUGCACUCACCACUGGAUUCUGUGGUUCGUUGACCACCUUUUCUGGCUGGCAACUGGAUAUCUUCAAUUCUUGGAUCAACUCGGGCAAGUUUCAUCGUGGUGGAUUACAAGACGUAUGUUUUAUCAAUGGGGUCGGAGUAUCAGCUAUCACCUUGUCGUUGUCGCUGGCUUCGUUGAGUUUCGGCUACCAUAUUGCCUCUAUCCUAGAAACUCGCCUCUCGUCGCCCAGCUUCUUAAAGCCACUAUAUCGUUAUUCGCUGAGUGUCACCGCAGUUCUCACUUACGCUGCCACUUUCCUCACGUAUUUUUUACUGGCGGAUAAAUUCCGUCAUCAAGCAACCGCAGCCCUUUUAUUUUCCUUUCCAGGAACGUUGACGCGCUAUACCCUCUCAGUAAUGCUUAAUUCACGAUUCAAGGCACUCCCAGUUGGUACCCUGGCUGCCAACUCGUUGGGAACAGCACUUCUGGCUACCUUUCAUGUCCUGCAAAGUACAAUGCCUCCCCCGUCUGCGAACACUUGUUCCAUUUUGCAAGGUUUGAUCGAUGGGUAUUGCGGUUGUUUGACAACUGUCAGCACGUUCGCCGCCGAGGUUCACACCUUACGCGAUUGGAAGGCGUUCAGAUACGUGAUAGUGAGCUGUUUAAUGGGUCAAGGACUUAUGCUUGUUAUAUUUGGGACGUCAAUUUGGACAGGACGUGCUAGUGAACAAGUGACAUGUAAAUUCAUAGAGGCAUAG